ACGAACUGUGAAAGACAUAGCAACCGCUCUUCGAUACGAACUGUGAAGAGAAGUCCAUAGCAACCGCUCUUCGAUACGAACUGUGAAGGAUCUUAGCAACCGCUCUUCCGUACGAACUGUGAAGGAAGCGAAGCGUCCCUGGCUCCGAGACAACAGCAACAUGGAGCCUCAGGAGCCAACUUCUCCUGCAUACGAGGCAGAUGUCAACAGAAGGACCGAGUCAUGGUUCCAUCUCCCAGCAGAAGAGGACAGGAGUCAGUACCUGGGUCUGGGUAAGACACGAGUCCACCGUGCUAUGGAGGAAUUUCAGGACAGCUGUCUGUCACCUGCCCUUGCUCUGCUACCAGAGUAUGACUUCUCGGGAUACUCUCUCUUCCAACAAACAACAGACUUAGAGUUUGCCCCUUUAAGGGGGUCUCCAGACGUGUCUGUAGCCUCCGACAGGUUUCUGAUACCACAGGCCAAGAAGGGCAGUAGCGGCGUUGUCCAGCCGUCAGACCCUCAGCAUUCCUCUCUGUCCCAGCAUCCUCUAGCCUACAACUCCACCCUGUCUGAGCACCCUCUGGGUCACACCUCCACCCUGUCUCGGUCGGAGGAGAGGGCCAGUAGCUGCUGCUCCCUCUCCGAACACAGCAUGUCCCCUGGUGACGGGUUGGGACAGCCAGGGGAGGACCGCUACCCAGCCACCGUCAGGGAUAACGAGGGGCAGAAGACUCAUCGUUCUGGGACACGUACCAGUCUCCUUGACCCAGACAGACCUCUGGCCGUGCCCCCUGACGACCACGCUUCGUUCCUCAGCGGGGACAUCCCUGUCAGAAAGCUGCUGGAUCUGCUCCAGAAGGACGUUGGCAUGCCCAGCGGUAGCAGCAGUGCCGUCUCCUCUGCCUCUGAGACCUCUCUCAACAGGACUAACUUCUUUGGGGGAGAAUGCAGGAGUGACAGCUGUGUUUCCAAACCAGAUGGCUUGAGAGAAGAGAGGGAUGUGAGCCAAAGAGCGCUGCCUGACGUCUCACCUGAGCUGCUGCCUGACGUCUCACCGCCAGUCACAGGGAGAAGAGAAGGCCCUCAAGGAGGAGCCUCCGUCUCACCUGAGAAGACGGAGAAACUCAAAAGUAAACAGUCUUCACGGAUGUCUGAAAUUUCCAACAUCACCCUCCGUUCCCUGAGCAGCCAGCCGGAAGAAAGCAGUAAUGCGUCCCGCAGGCAGCUCUGCUCGGAGCUCGAGAGGAGUCUGGACUCUGAGCCUGGAGCAGAGACCCAGGGAGGUACCAGCCGUGGGCCCAUACCCUCCUUACACAGUGAAGUCAACACACCUGACAUUGUCACCAAUACACCUAAUGUUUCAACCACUGGAUCCACCAAAGGGAGGUUGAGCGUGACCAGAGGGCUACGGGCCAGUGUGUUAGGGCCAGGGGCUGGGGUCGGAGCCCAGUUUUCAGCAGGGUUCAGUGUGGAGCGAGGCCAUAGGGAGAGAGACCUCUGGUCCUCAGGGAACCAGACAGGCAUAGAACCAGACGUCUCGUUCCUGAGCCUUCUCCCUCGGCCCGUGUCCCAGUCCACCCCAGGUGUGUUCCUCCACGCUCCAGUCAGAUCCAGCACUAAGCGGUCUGCCCUCAGCUUUAACAUGGAGGUCUCUCAGCGCUCCUCAGGCUCCAGAGUCUCCUCCCAGCCCCAGCCUGCUGUAGACACCCUGCCUGAUAGCGCCACCCCUGUCCGGGACCCCCCUCCGCCUGCCAGAGAGACAGUACAGGAGCCCUCGGGAAGAGGCCACCAUUCUCUCCCCAGUCUUAACUACCUACAGAAGGUUGAUGCCUGGAAGGCCAACCAAAGUUCAAACAAGAUGUCGUUCUAUGACAACUUGUCUCUUCAGGGCUUCUCCGGGGUCUCUCCCAAGCAGAAGGCCUACGAUGCAGUCUCUGACUCUCUGACCCGUAUGUUGACUGUUCCACAGCUGGGCAACAGACCCUCAGCAUGUGUGAAUCUGGACCCUCCUCCCCUAGCAGAGGGGAGGCAGCAGAGAGCUCAGCGUGCACAGACACACACUGACCAGGACAGCAGCCAGACACAGCCAGAGGAGGAGAGUGCUACAGGGCAGCCCAGGGUGUUGGAGAGGAGCCGGGGAGGGUCAGGGUCAGACAGGGUUCAGUCAGGAGGUGGACCUGAACAGCCCAGUGGUGCUCCAACCGAGCCCUCUCCCUUCAUCAGCCUGGGACGCUUCAAUAACGUGUCAUCAAAGCGAGACGUCCUCUCCAGCUCCCAGGACAGUGGCCACAGUGGGCAAAACUUUGAGGUGUCCGUCAGGGCUGCUUCUUCUUCUGUGGUCAGUCUGGAGGUGGAUAACUAUGCCCCGUACUGGUCCUCCAAACCAUCCUCACCACACAGGGAGAGGGAGCUCAACAUUGAAGAAAGGAUUCCGAUGUACCUUCACAACCUUGGGAUCGACCAGUCUCCUUCUACGAUCCUCAAUCCCUUUGGACCUCGAGGGCCAAUCAGAGAGCCAGAGUUCUCUCCCACUGAUCUGUGCACCGUAAAGGGAUCCACAGCCACUGGCACGCCAACCAAGAGCACACAGCCUUCUGAAGGUAGGUAG